UGUUACAGUUUUAAAGUUAAUAUGUUGCCUACAAUCGUUUUUGUGUGUUCGAUAUUAGCUUCAGUUUCUGCUGAUAGUCGAGUUGUGAUGGGAUCUGAUGCUGAAGAAGGAGAAUUUCCAUAUGCUGUUUCUUUAAGAAGACAAGGAAGUCACACCUGCGGAGCAACCAUCCUUAACGAAAAAUAUGUCCUAACUGCUGCCCAUUGUGUUUGUAGCGAUCAAGAGCCUAAAAACAGCUCCUUAUAUUCCAUUCAAUACGACUUAUUGACUAUUACAAAAGAACCUGUAAAUACCAUACCAGUUAAAAAAAUCAAUUGUCAUCAGUUUAGUUCCGAAAAGCUUAUAUUUGAUUCGGCAGUACUAGAGCUAGAGACUCCAAUACCUUCUGGAAAAUGGAAACCAGUAACUAUUUCUAAAGAUUUUUCAACAGCGAAGAGACAGAAGGGAACUAUAAUUGGAUGGGGAAGACUUUAUCAAGACGGCCCCAUAUCAGAAAAAUUGCAAAAACUGAAUGUACAAAUAUAUGAUGACAACACUUGCGGUAGAAGGUAUAACAAUGAGCACCAUAUUUGCUUUGGAGCGCUAGCUGGAGGAGCAUGUAAUGGUGAUUCUGGCACAGCUUUAAUAGUGGAAGGAGUUCAGGUUGGAAUAGCUUCUUUCAUAACCGAUAUGUGUGGUAUUGCUAACGAGAUGCAUCCAAAUGUUUAUUCCAGAAUAUCAACUUAUUACGAUUGGAUACAUACAAUUUCGGAAUAACCUGAUAUUGCUACAUAUCCAUAUAGUCCAGGGCCCAUCUGUUUUGAGAUGGACGUUGAGAGGUGACUCAAUUUUUUUUGCAGAAAUUGCUUGAAAAUAACUCAAAUAAUAAUAUUUGAGUUAUCCUCCCUCUCAAAAAGGUCCGGAACAUUGUUUAAAUAAUUGAAAUGUCAAAAAAUGAAGGAAAAAUUCGAUUUUUUUCUUCGUUUUUUGAUUAUAACUUUAAAAGUAUUCAUUUCCCAGAAAAGAUGU